AUGGCGGAAGCUCGAUCAGUGGCCGCGCUCAGUUUCUCGCUGACCCACGAUGGAAUUUCCGUGAGCUACGAUCAGGAGCUGCUGCGUGACAUCUGGCACGCCUUCUCACGUGGCUACAAGAAGCGCUGGGCCCGGUUCAAGGUCGGUUUAUUGUUUUUUGAUGUUUUUACGAUUUUUAGAUAGGUAUCAGAAAGCGAUUGAGUUUAAUUUGUUGUUGUUUUGGAGAAAACAAUAUUUUGAGGACUGAAAUUGAAAAAUUUAGAUGUUUUUAAACUAAAAUAAAAAUUUCGUUUUUUCUAGGACAAAUUUUGUUAAUUUUUUUUAUAAAACAGAUAUAAAAAAGAAUAAAUGAUGUUAUUUUUAGAAUGAUUUCUUCGCCGGUAUCUUUCCCGCCAAUCUACAUUCACUUAUCUUUGUGUUAGCGUUAUCUGGUCUAUUGUACUUUUGGGAUCAUGACAUAACGCUGGGAAUAACGAAUCUAUUCCGGAAUUAUUUCUUCUACUACAUUUUUGGGUAUGUUUUCUUUAUUUUCAAUUGAAUUUUAGGUAAUAUUGAUGUUAAUAUAAAUGUUUUAGUGACGGUCUGAUAUCAACGUCGUUAGCGGUCGCCCUUGGGGGUGGAUUAUUAUGGUUUGCCUUGGUUCAAUUGUUCAGACUGUCUAUCAAAUGGCUUUUGAGUUACAAAGGAUGGAUGUACGAAAGUCCUCAUGCUGGUUCGAUUUCAAAAACCACAAAGAUUUGGUUUGUAAGUUGAAAUUUUUGUUGUGUUUGUGAAUUUUAGGUGCUUUAACAAAAAGAAAAAAAGAAAUGUCUUAAAUUUGGAUGUACAAAAAGCCAAUUUUUGCUAAACGUUUUAAUUUUUAGUCGAUUCUCCACCUGAUUUCCAAGUUCGGCCCAACUUUGCAUUCCUUCCAAGGAGCUCUUCCUCAUCUCCCUCUACCCUCUCUCGAUGAUACUCUGAAGCGCCAUUUGAGAUCAGUACGUCCACUAAUGGAUGAUGAUGAGUAUAAUGAAAUGGUUGAUCUUACUGAGAAGUUCAAGAAGGGUAUUGGCAGAAGACUUCAACGAUAUCUUGUCCUCAAAUCGUUCAUGUCAACAAACUAUGUCACUGACUGGUGGGAAGAGUUCGUAUACCUAAGACAACGAUCUCCAAUCAUGGUUAACAGCAACUACUACGGAUUUGACACGCUGAAUGAUAAUCCAACUCAUAAUCAGGCUGCUAGAGCUGCUAAUGUCACUUGGGGAGCGCUGUUAUUUAGGAGGUUGAUUGAGAGACAAGAAGUUUCGCCGGUGAGUUGAAGGUUUAGUGUUUAGUUAUUUUAUAUAGGAUUGUUUUUGGCAUUUUAAGUUUUUUUUUCAGAUUUUGGUUAUUAAAAGAUGAUUCUUAACGUUUUAUGAGUUAAUUUUUUCAAGCUUUGGGUAAUAAUAAUUUAUAUUAAAGGUUUAAAAUAUCUAAAAGCAGGUUUUGUUACCUAAAAUUUAAUUCUUAUUAAGUUUGCCAUGCUUUACAAUGCUAGCAUUGCGAAAAAUUGACAUAUUAUCUAAAAUCACAUUUUUCAGUUUGCCAUUUCCCCAAGAACCAAAGUACCAUUCUGUACUAUGCAGUACGAACGUCUCUUCAAUUCAUGUCGUGUACCAGGUGAAGAGACCGAUAAACUGCGCCGAUGGGAUGAUGCCAGACAUAUUGCAGUCCAUUGCCGUGGCUGUUGGUUUAAGCUGCCGAUUCACAACGGAAAACGCCUUCUGGAGCCACCAGAGCUUCAACUCGCCUUUCAAGAGAUUCUGGACAGUGAACUGAAACCGGCCGCUGGCGAAGAACAAUUGGCCGCUUUAACAGCGGGCGAGCGAACCCACUGGGCAUUAACUCGUCAAAAGCACUUUAGAAACGGCGUCAACAAGACCUCGCUUCAAGCCAUCGAACGAUCAGCGUUUGUUGUUGUACUGGACGACGAAUCUGUCACUUAUGAUCCGCAAGAUCGCACCAAGCUUGAUCACUGGGCCGAAAGUCUCCUUCAUGGUAAAGCUCACGAUAGGUGGUUCGACAAAGCUUUCAAUCUGAUCGUAUACAAGAACGGCAGAGUAGGUAUCAACGCCGAACACUCGUGGGGAGAUGCGGCCGUGAUUGCCCACUUCAUGGAAUACGUGCUACUGAAGGAUUACUGUGUCAGAGGCUACGAUGAGAAAGGAAACUGUACCGGCGAAGUCGAAACUGUCUGUCAUCCAGAACGACUGAAGUGGAACAUUGAAAGCGAAGUCGAGGACAAGAUUGCCGUAUCAAUGGAAGUUGCCCAGAAGCUGAUUGACGAUGUUGAAAUGGCAUUGUUGGUAUGGACUGAAUACGGAAAGGGAUUCAUCAAGAAGUUGAAGAUUUCACCAGAUGCUUUCAUUCAAGCUACUCUUCAAUUGACUUACUAUAGAGUGGGUUUUUUAAAAUUUUGAAAAAAAAAUAUUUUUGAAAUUAAAAAAAACCAAUAUUUUUUCAAAAAUACUUUUUAAAUUAAAAAAUUUGAAUUUUGAGACUUUUAACUGAUUUUAACCAAUUUUCGAUCUUUUUUAGAACCAACAACGAUUUGCCCUGACCUACGAAGCCUCGAUGACCCGAUUGUACCGUGAAGGCCGUACGGAAACCGUACGAUCUUGUAGCAUUGAAUCCUGCGACUUUGUCCAAGCUAUGUUGAAUCCAGACAGAACCCCUCAGGAACGUCUUGAAUUACUCCGAAAAUCGGCCGAAAGACAUCAACAACUAUAUCGUGACGCCAUGUGCGGCCAAGGAAUCGACCGUCACCUCUUCGCCUUGUAUGUUGUCCUUCGAUACCUGGAAGAGGAAUCCCCCUUCAUGAACAAAAUCAUGCCUCCAACCUACUCCCUCUCUACCUCACAGACCCCAAUGUCACAAUGCGAAGAGGAGGCGCAGAAGGAAAGGUUGAGUCAAGAGAAACGACAAAUGUUGAUCACAGCCGGCGGUGGCUUCGGGCCGGUAGCCGACAAGGGCUACGGUGUCAGCUACAUCAUUGCCGGCGAAAACCAAAUCUCUUUCCAUAUAUCGUCCAAGCGGUCUGCUGAAAAUACGGUAGGCUUUCGAUACUUUAGAGGGUGGUACAGUUAUACAAGACGUAAAACGAGGAAAACUUUUUUUACAAAGCAAACACUGGCAAGAACGUUCUUUAAAGAACAAAAAUGGCAAGAACUUUCUUUAAAAAACAAAAAAUGGCAAGAACUUUCUUUAAAGGACAAAAAUGGCAAGAAAUUUCUUUAAAAAAACAAAAAAUGGCAAGAACUUUCUUUACAAAACAAAAAAUGGCAAGAACUUCCUUUACAGAGAAAAAAAUGGCAAACACUUUCUUUACAAAGCAAAAAAUGACAAUAACUUUCUUUACAAAAGAUAAAGUGACAAAAACUUUUAUAAUUUUAAUUUUUUUUCAAUUUCAGAGUUCCGCUGGAUUCCGUGAAGAUCUCGAACAAAGUUUGCGAGACAUGCAUGCUCUCUUUGUUAAAUUGUAACUAAUAUAAAUAUUUUUUAUCAAACCUCCCCCACCCCCCAUGUAUGUUAAUAACGGGCAUUGUGAAGAGCGUUCGAAGCGUUGUUCUUUAUAUUACACAUGAAUUUAGUUAUCUUAUUAUUUGCAAUAAAUUUUGUUUACAUUGGAUUUUGGCAUUUUGCACGUAUUUAAGGGAAGUGUCAGGUUUUCGGCCGGAAAUAUUCGUAAAAAAGUUGGGCGGGUGAUAAUAUAGUAUAUUGGGUUUAGGGGGUGUUUUUGAGAAAAAAGUUAGGCAGGGUGAUAAUUAGUUUUUUUUUUGAAGCUAGGGGGGUGAAAAAAAAGUUGGCGGGAUGAGGAGCUUGUAGCAAGCGUGGGAAACUCUUUGGUAAAAGAAUUGCCAAUGAUUGUAGACAACAUGAAAUUAAAGUUAUUUACGUCGCUUCAGCCAGAAAGAACCGUUUUUCAAUUCCCAAGGUUAUAACUCGCUAGGUGCCCGAUUAAACAUGUUUUUUGACCCAAAAGAAGAGGGAUUGAUAUACGUACCACAAUGUAAUCAAGCUAAACCUCGACUUACAGAUGUAUCUCACCAGGCGUUUGUUCAGAGAUCUCACUUUAAUUCAUAAGAUCGACAAAUGGCCAAAACUGUUGUUAGAGGAGGUGAAGAAGCAUUGUAUUGUAAAAGAAGACUUUAUAAGUGAAGCGGAAGAGAAUGAACUGUUAAAGGAAAUAGAGCCCCAUAUGAAACGACUAAAAUACGAAAAGGACCAUUGGGAUGACGUGAGUUAGAUUUUUGUUUGGAUUUUAGGUUGAAAAUAUUGUUUAGGCCAAAAACUUAAAAAUUAACCCUUUCCAGGCAAUUUACCUCUUCCGAGAACGUGAAUCAAAAAGAUGGAACGAUCAAAACACGAAAGUAAUACAACGAAUUCAAGAGUUCUCUUUACCUAAAGAUGCAAUCAAAUUAUCCUACAUUCAUAUCCUCGACUUGGCCAAAGAUGGACAUAUCAAACCACACAUCGACUCGGUAAGGUAUUGUGGUACGACAAUCAGCGGCGUGUCAUUGUUAUCACCAUGUGUAAUGAGGCUUAAACAUAAAGACGACAAAGAGCUGAUGUUGGACAUGUAUUUACCGAGGAGGAGCUUGUAUAAGUUGAGGUAGGUGGGGUGGAGUGAAAAUUUUAGAUGUGUUUUGUAAAGAAAGUUCUUGCCAUUUCAUGUUCUGUAAAGCAAGUUUUUGCCAUUUUAUGUCUUUUAAAGCAAUUUCUUGCCGUUUCCUCUUCUUUAAAACCACUUUUAACCAUUAGUUUGUUAUGUAAGAUGAAUAACAUUGUUACUAAGCCUACAAAAUCUAAAAUAUAUUGUUUUCAGUAUGGUGUUAAGAUACGACUUUACGCACGAGGUAUUGUCAUCAGAAGAAAGUCAAUUCAACGGGGAAAUGAUUGUCAGAGAUCGACGAAUAUCAGUGAUUUGUCGUGAUGUUCCGUCGAAACAAGACAUCAAACCACUCGAAUUUCAAUCACUUUAG